AUGAAGUUCAGCUCUUUACUGCUCAUUGCUACUCAGAUCAGCUUUGCGCUUAGCUUUGGAAGAGACAAAGGCGUACCACUUGCCAGCGUCAGAACUCUGACUCUGCGAGCAGGCCAGCUCACAACAGGCCGGCGCUCAAAAGUACCACAGCUCAAGUGCGUGGGAGGCUCAGCUCAGGGCUUGUAUGAGGUAGAUGUCCUACAGUGCCGUAAUCUUGGCCCACAAUACACGUUAGAUGAUAUUCAAUGGUCUUGCACAGCGGCCAGAUUGCCAGAUAGCUAUCAACUUGGCUCGACUGAGGUCAUCUGUGAGGGCUUCAAUCAUCCGGACGACACAAACAUCACGCCAGGCUCUUGCGGUGUCGAGUAUACCCUGCAUCUGACUGAUAUUGGGGAGAAGCGCUACAGCGGCUUUGCUCGCGUCCACAGACUGCGACAUGGCUCAACCUGGUUUUCGAAAGCCUUCUCAUUGCUUUUCGUUGGUGUGCUCGGCUUUAUCAUUUACAACUUGUACAAGAGCUGUACGAGGCCUGGUCAUCGAGCAGCCGGAGGGAGGCGUCCAGGCGGAGGAUGGGGUGGCUUCUUCGGUGGCGGUGGAACAGGUGGUGGAGGAGACGACCAUGGUAAUGCACCUCCGCCAUACUCAAGGGGCAAGUACGCUUCUCAACAAUCAACGCAAGCAGCAUCUGGUAUGUCUCCAUGGGCAGCAGCAGGACUCGGCGCGGCAGGUUAUAUGCUUGGUCGCUUGACCAGCGGCAACAAUAGGGAGAGAGAGGAUGGCUAUGCACGCACCAGCAGCUGGGGUGCUCGGCCUAACUACGGUGCUCCACAGGGGUCCUUUGACCAUGACGACUAUGGUGCAGGCCCGUCGGGCAGUGGGUCGGGCUCAAAUAUGGGACCCAUGCGCAGCUCUACUGGGUUUGGCGGGACCCGUCGACGCUGA